ACAUCGAUCAAUCUUUAUUAUGGUCAACCAUGGAUAUAACAACGCCAUUGGAACCCUCAGACAGUUUUCCCAUUAACUCGCCGCCGGAGAGCCAUUCCUUUCUCUGCGAAAAUGAGUUACUGUCAUUACAAAGUACUGAGCUAAAUACGUCAAGUCUCAUUAAUAUGCCUCACGGCCAAUUUAGCAUUACAGACGGCUUACAUCCCAGUGCAUUGUUGCCAGAGACUCAACAACUUCUUAUUUCUUUAUAUUUUGAUCAUAUACAACCUUCAUUCCCUCUCUUCCGCAAGCCAGUAUUCUACGCAGAUCUCAUCGCAAAUAAUAUCCCGGACAUGCUUCUAGCAGCAAUGUUCGCUGUCUCAUCGCGCUUUCUUCCCUCACGGCAAGUUUGCAAGUUGUUCGGCGACAACUCCCAACCAUGGGACGAUUUUUCUCGCAUUGCACAACAAGCAUACCAGGAUGAAAUCCUGAAAAAUGACCCCGUGCCGUUAACAGUCGUCAAGGUGGCUUGUCUGCUUGCUUUAUACGAAAGUACGAAAGCCCCUAGUCGACAAGGGUGGCUUCUCGUCAAUAACGCCGUGCGUCUAGCGCUUAUGGCUCAGCUCCAUCAAAUUGAUACUAGAGAUUUUCCGGUUACGGUAUCUGCAGCUGAGAAGGAAGAAUGGAGGUUUGUAUGGUGGACUGUUUGGAGGCUCGAUUGUACUUUGAAUGUUACCGCGUGUGCACCUUUCGGAAUCGACGAGCAGAUGAUCGGGACAGCACUUGUAUCCACCACAGUCGAGGAUUUUACAUGCAAUAUCGUCCAAACCACCACCUUCCCGUCAAUUCCAGAGAUGGACCCCGUCAAGUUCUGGACUUCACCUGGAGGUCCUCAAGUUUGUGAUGCAGGCGAUGGAUUUAACAUCCAUCUCUUCGCAACGUCGCUGCUACGGGCGGUUUCGGAAUGCCAGCAACGUUUAAAUAUUAAACCCACGGUCGAAGAUAUCAAACGUGUUGCAGCACUUGUCGAUAUCCUUGCUUCUUUACAUCUCAUUCUACCGGACUGGUUUUUUGAGCCUUCCCGGCGAGAUACGGAGAGUGUUUAUUGUCAUCGGAUUAGACUGGAAAUUAUCAUAAUGCUGAAUACAGCCCGCCUCAUAGUCCAUGAACCACUCCGGCAGCUAAUUCAAGCAAUGGAUCUAUCCCCGAACCAAAACUCGCACACUGUCUCACUAGAAAGUUGGUGCGACAGUAUAAGUUUCGCCGAGGCAAUCGCUCGGGUUCUCGAUAGCUGGCCAUCAGCCUACUUUGCCAUCUCAGACCCGAUUAUAACAUGUGCUAUUUGGCAUGCGUAUUGCGCCAUGACGCUCUACAGCAUGUCUGGGUUGGAAUCAUCAACAUCAGAUGCAAGGACACAGACCUCACUAGAGAGUCUGCGGAUAUCAUUGGAGAGAUUUACAACAUAUUGGCCUAUUGCCAGGGUAUUACAAGGCUCACUCCAAGAAUUUCGAGCGUGGAGCUGGGCUACACUUGAUGUUCGAAGAAUUGUGCUACUGAUUCAUCAUAUCAGGACGGCAUUGAGUCCGUUUGCGAGCGACCCGGGGAAGGUCGAUGUGAAAUUGAUAUGUGAUUCUGUUCUUUGA